AUGGCAACAACAAUAAGAACAAGGAUGGAGGAACUUCCAACAGGGUUUCGCUUCUACCCAACAGAGGAAGAGCUAGUUUCCUUCUAUCUGCAUAACAAGCUGGAAGGGAAGAGACAGGAAAUACACCGUGUUAUCCCAGUAAUCGACAUUUACAACAUAGAGCCAUGCAAUCUCCCAAUGCUUGCAGGAGAACGGUGUCAAGGAGACACUGAGCAAUGGUUCUUCUUCGCACCAAGACAAGAAAGAGAAGCUAGAGGAGGGAGACCCAGCCGCACUACAGCAUCUGGGUACUGGAAGGCCACUGGCUCCCCUGGCUAUGUUUACUCGUCCGAUAACCGAGUGAUUGGACUGAAGAAAACCAUGGUCUUCUAUAAGGGGAAAGCUCCUACAGGAAGAAAAACCAAAUGGAAAAUGAAUGAGUAUAGAGCCAUAGAAGGAGUGGCAGACUCAUCCAGCACAGCUGUUCCUAAGUUGAGACAUGAAUUCAGUUUGUGCCGAGUCUAUGUAAUAUCAGGGAGUUUUCGAGCAUUUGACAGACGUCCACUAGAAGCUACAGCAAGAGACGCUACAGCAAGAGACACUCAGCUUCUAGGUGAUGCUGCUACAGCAGCUGCUCAAGACACUAGAAUGGUGGACAACACAAGCUCACCUGAGACUUCAUACUCAAGAGGAGAUCAUGCUGAUGCCCCAGGGACAGAAGGAAGUGCCAACUGGGAUACGGUUAAUGGUUUUGUACAACCACUAUGGGAUUGGGAACAACUGAAUUGGCCCUGAUCAAGGGCACAAGAAGAUAUGCAGCCCCGCUGCACAGUCGUAGGGAGCUUUUCUAUGCUAGAACAGGCAAGCAUGAGCGCAGCUUAACUUCACAAGUAGUGAAUUCUUUUUCCUUCAUUGUAAAGUGAGGAAAGUCAAAAUAAUUAUUAAAAAAGUAUAAAUUAUUUCAUCCCAAGUAAAUUUGAUUUUUUUUUUUUUUUGGUUAAGAUAUUGAAGUUGAAAAGUAUACACGUUCAAAGCAAUUGAGAGAAGCCAUGGGUGUAUAAGAGGGCAAUGCAAUGAAGAUGUUUUCAUCUUAUUUCAGUUUAAUUCAACAUGUAUUGUGAAA